AUGCGGUCAGAAUAUGCUUCGUCGUACACGACUUCACCUCCAGCGCGACCAUCGACGUGGCAAUUGCGCUUCGGGAAGAGGUCGGCAUCUGAGCAGAAAGAGCCCAAACUUGAAGUCGAUGUCGGUUCGACGCACGGAAACCAGACUCACUCCCCAUCAAUAUCGAAGAAAUUACUGAGUGCACUCGAUACAAAGCCAACAAGACAGGAAGAAUUGAGCCGGGAGUGCGUUGACGAUCUAAUCGGUCGUCGAAAUGCUUUCGCCAGCGAACCUGAAUUACGUCUCCGUACUCUAAGAAAAGACGCUGAGGAUGGAGACAUCGUUAUACAAGAGGAGUUUGGUCGCGAAGAAAUCGCAGCAGAAGCGAAAGAGAUUAUUCGAGCUCGAUUCCAGAUUGAAACCCAGACAAAGGCCAUGCGUCAAGCAUCAAAAUACCGAAAAACAUCAACGCGACGAACGGAAAAUAAAAAACCGCAUCGAGAGAUUUCAGCUACAAAACCAACAGUAUUCAAUAAUUUUACCAAGAACACAAGCCUAAGAAUGAAUCACACGACGCCUCCAUACCACGAGAAGGAGCUGAGCGCUCGUUUAAAGCCAAGAGAGCACGACAGUCAGAAAUCGGAAGUGAAGUCAACUAAGUAUGUAUCACGAGUUCAGCGAGAGCAUCAGCCACUGCAUAAAACUGGCACGACCGAAUUAAGAAAGAAACCACGCUCUUGUCCCAUUCCACCUCAGCAACUGCCGAUGGAACGUCGGCACGAGAUUCGUCGAAAAGCACGCGACGAUCGCAGAAUUCAGGCCGCGGAAGAGCGCGCGAUUCAGAAGUUAUUAGAAUCUGCUACCGAUGACAAAGACAAGGAAGAAACCCAGGAGCAACGGCCUGUUGAAGAAGAAAUUGAGCGUCUCAAUUUAGAGAAUCAAGAGGCUGCAGCGCUCGAAGAACGACUGCUGCACCGAAAAGCAUGUUUGAAGUCAUUGAACAAAGUUUUCGAUGCUUGGAAUAAAUAUGUGGAAUCCAAGCGAGAGCAUGAAAUCCGAGUAGUUACCGAGUUCAAUUGGCGUGUGAUGAAGCGUAUCAUGACAAGUUGGAAGCGAUAUACACAUCACCGUAGCCAAGCAAGAGCAGUUGAGCAAGCACGCUUGAAAUUGGUACGAGAACAGCAAAUGAACGACCAAGCCAGAGAAUUUUAUUGUUUAAAACACCUGCCAACGUGGUUUUAUCAAUGGAUGGCGUUCGUGAAGCAGCAAAAGGAUCACCGUGCUGUAGCAGAGGCCGUCGAGAGACGUAAAGCACAAUCUAAGCAACUUAUUGAAAGGCUACAGCGACAGAAAGUACUUGAAAAGUCCCAGUCUGAUUCCGAAGAUCAAGCAAAAAUAAAGCUUCUUGGCAUUGAAGAAAGUGACCUUCAUCUUGAACCUGCAGUCGAAUGUCCACGUGCUAUUAGAACAACGAGAAGUAAGACAAAGACGUCCCAAGACAAACGAGAAUUACAUGCAUGGGCAGAUCCAAAGGAAUUCCAAUCAAUACGAUCCGACGGUAGUAGCCAUGCUACAUCUACAUGUACAAAAUCUCCGGUUCUAGUGCCGCCUCCACCACAUUUUCCAGGGGCUUCAUUAACACGAGCCCCAAAGCGGGUAGAUAAAGUCUACAAGGUCAUGGAACAGCGUGCAGUUGAACGGAAACAACGGCGUGAAGAGUUGAAACGAAGAUACGAAGAGCUUGAAAAGAAGAAGCGAAAAGAGCAGGAAGAACAACGCGCAGCUCGUGAGGCUCUUCUUCUCGAGCAGCAAAUUGAGGAAAAGGCACGGAUACGGGAACGAAAACUAGCAGAAGCUCUCGCACUAAAAGAACAACAGGAACGGCGUAAACACUUGCUUGCUCAAUUGGACAAGUCAAGGAAGCACAACCGAAAGCGACUUCUAUUCUUCUAUGCUUUUCUGCCGUGGCAAAAGUGUCAUGCCCGCAAUGAACGAGUUUCACGCAACGCAACUCGUUGGCACGAGCUGCGAACGGUUUAUUUGCAUUGGGAACGAUGGCAGGAGUUUGUACAGAUCUGUCUGAAGGCUCAUCGUCGACACGAGCGAGCGCGAUUAGAAGAGGCUGCCCGACGUUAUGCUCGUUCUCUCCAACGACGUGCACUGGGGGGAUUGGUACGCUACCAUCAUAAAAUACAGGCCCGAGCGCUUUCGCUACACCGUCAACAUCGUUGGAAUACUCUUCAACGCUCAUGGAUCCAUUGGAGUAAAAGCUUCGCGAAAGAACUUGCACACCAACAAAAAGUAGUUUUUAGUGCGAUGACCAAAAUGCAGCAAGCAAAGCUUCGCCGAAUCUGCGCUCAAUGGCGCAAAGUCACGAGCGAAACCAAGCUCCAGAAAGAAUUUGAGCGUGAGAAACAGCAACUGUGGCGCAAGGUGCGGGGAUGGCUUGACGAGGACAAGUAA